GUGCUUCCUCUCUUCCCUUCUAAGUUUGUGGUGUGGAGUGUAGAUAAGGUGGGGCCCACCCUUCAAUUGCAUUUGGUAAGCCAUGGCUGAUGGAAUGCAUGUGGUGAUGCUUCCAUGGCUGGCUUUUGGUCACAUGAUCCCAUUCCUUCAUCUCUCCAUAGCCUUAGCCAAAGCUGGCAUCCGAAUCUCCUUCCUCACCACUCAAAAAAACAUCCAAAGGCUACCCAAGAUCCCACAACAUCUAACGGCUCUGAUCAAUCUGGUGGAGCUUCCCUUGCCGAAGGUGGACGGCCUACCUGAAGGCGCUGAGGCCACUGUCGAUAUUCUCCACGGGAGUGACGAGUACUUGAAGAAGGCCUACGAUCUCUCCUACCCUGCCUUCAAGAAGUUCAUUACCGAAGAAUCGCCGGACUGGAUAGUCCAUGACGUCUUUCCCAGUUGGGUGGGCAAUGUUGCAAGUGAAUUCAACAUCCCUCGUGUCUUCUUCUCUAUUUAUUCAGCUACCGUAAUUGCAUUCUUUGGGCCGGUCGCAGACGGCCUAAAGAAAAUGUGGCCAUCACCAGAGAGCCUGGCAUCCCCGCCUGAGUGGUUUGAAUUCGAGUCGUCCGUUGCCUUUCCGACCCAUGAGACCGAUGGCUUCUACCGUGGGUUUUUCAGCCCAGAUGCAUCGGGCUUCUCGAGUUUAGAUCGUUUAGCGCUAGCACUCCAAGGGUGUUCGGCAAUGGCAAUUCGGAGUUGCAAUGAGUUCCAAGGGGAGUACUUGGGCUUACUCAAGAAAUUACGCAAGAGACCGGUCAUUCCAGUUGGAUUACUUCCACCAACGCCGCCAGAGAAGAGAGAAACGACCGACCCCAAGUGGGCAAACACACUCAAAUGGCUCGAUGAACAGCCCAAUAGAACAGUGGUGUUUGUUUGCUUUGGAAGUGAGUGUAAACUGAGCAGAAAUCAAGUGUUUGAGAUUGCACUUGGGCUUCAACUCUCCAAUUUACCAUUUCUAUGGGCCCUCAGGACUCCCAUAUGGGCAACCAACGACAUGGAUACCCUUCCGCCGGGAUUCAAGAGCCAGAUUGGCAGUCGUGGGGUCGUCUAUAUGGGUUGGGCCCCUCAGUUGGAGAUACUAUCCCACCCUUCCAUCGGUGGAUCUUUGUUUCACUCCGGGUGGGCGUCCAUCAUCGAGACCGUCCAUUAUGGGCAUGCUCUCAUCGUAUUGCCGCUUGCGAACGUCCAUUCAUUGGAUGCGAGGAUGUUGGUGGACAAGGGUCUGGCUAUAAAAGUUGAGGUAAACGAUGAUGGGUCCUUCCACAGGGAUGCAGUCGCUCGGUCGCUGAGGCUGGCCAUGGUCGAAGAGGAAGGAGAAAGGUUUAGGCUUAAAUCGAUAGAAAUGAAGGCCACUUUCAGUGAUCAGACACUCCAUGAAAACUCUAUGAAUGAAUUUAUCAACUUCCUCAAAAGCUCCAAGACAUAAAAGGCAACUGAUCUGAAAUAAAAUGUAAAGAUGUGGCUGUUAGCAUUCCAAACUUUUAUGUGAUAUGAUUUGCAUUUUCAGGGAACUUUCCCAUUGAAUGUGAACUUAGUUCUGU